AGUUGUAUUUGUAGUCAAGAAGAAUGAACAUGUACUUCGUUUAUUGAUGAUAAUGAUGAUUAAUUGUGACAGAUAUAAAGCAGUUAUUAAUGAUUAGUAAAGCAAAAUCUUCUCUGUGAAAACGAAAAUAUUGAAUAUAGCUAACUACUUUUGAAAAGUUUGUAGUGUAUAGUGUCAAUACAUUAAAUCUAAAGUAAAAUCUGUGAUAAGAUUGAGAUUGCGGUAGAGAGUUGAAUACGAGUUUGGUAUAAUAAUCUUGGACGAAAAUAUGACCAACAAGUACGAUGCAUUAAAGCCAUAUGCUAGUGAUAGCGAUGACAGUGGUGAUGAGGGAAGCGAUUUCGAUGUUGAUAAGCUGGAACCCUUGGAUGUUGGCCCAGGAGAACACAAGUUGCAAUACACCUACUGCCUAUGGUUUGGAAAGAAAGGCUCACAUCGAGCUGCGGAAUAUGGGAAAUCGCUUCAUUUUGUUGGCCGCUGCGCCAGUGUUGAACAGUGGUGGACUCUCUAUUGUCAUCUUAUAAAACCGACUGGUCUGAAUCCCUUUAGAAGAUUGCAUCUCUUCAAGAGUGGUAUAAAGCCCAUGUGGGAAGAUCCUGGAAAUGUACGAGGUGGAAAGUGGGUUAUCCGCUUAAAGAAAAAUAAAAUUGAUCGUGCUUGGGAAAACGUAUGCAUGGCAAUGCUUGGGGAACAAUUUCUCGUUGGACCUGAAAUAUGCGGAGUAGUGCUUUCCACUCAGUUCCCGGAGGACCUGUUAUCCAUUUGGAAUCGAACAGCUACUGAUACCACAAGCACAAAUCGUAUCCGUGACACAUUAAGACGGAUUCUAAAUCUACCUCCUUCGACACACAUGGAAUACAAACCACACUGCGACAGUCUCAAGUAUCUUUGAAAUUAACUUUUCUUUUCAAAAGUUACGGCGCUUAUAAAAAUAAAUUGCUAGUUUCGAAAACUAGAAAACAGUUCAAAA